AUGAAAGAUGAGGUGGGGGAGAGAGACAGAGACAUGAGCAGCCUGAACAACAAGCUCCUGAGCUUGCAGGUAGACAUCAAGAAUCUACAUGACGUCUGCAAGAGACAGGGGAAGACCUUGCAGGAGAAUCAGCUCUGUGUGGAGGAGGCGAUGAUGAACAGCGGCCACAAUAAGAAGCAAGUGUUAGCAUUUGAGGCAUUUCAACCCAGUAAACAGUGUCGUCUGAGACAACUCCAACAACUGAAGAAAAAAUUGCUGGCCCUUCAGCAGGAACUGGAGUUUCGCACAGAGGAGUUGCAGACUUCUUACUGCUCCCUCCUGCAGUAUCAGUCCGUCCUGGAGAAGCAGACUUCCGACCUGGCUCUUCUUCACCAUCACUGCAAACUGAAGGAAGAUGAGGUGACCCUCUAUGAGGAGGAAAUGGGAAAUCAUAGUGAGAACAUGGGGAAGAAGCUCCAUUUUGCAAAGAAGCAACUUGCCUUGGCUGGGGACAAGAUCGUCUCCCUGGAAAGGAGCUUAAACCUCUACAGGGACAAAUACCAGACUUCCCUGAGCAACAUCGAGUUACUGGAGUGCCAAGUGAAGAUGUUGGAGGGGGAGCUCAGCGGGAUCGUCAGUCAGGAGCCCGAGAACAAAGGUGAUGAUUCAAAGACGCGUAUAUGCACUUCUGUCUGCGAGAGUCAAGAGCAUCAGGAGACCCUGAAACGACUAUCUGAAGUCUGGCAAAAGGUCUCUGAACAGGAUGAUCUAAUCCAGGAACUUCGAAAUAAGCUAGCCUGUAGUAACGCUUUGGUUCUGGAGCGUGAAGAGGCUUUGAUAAAAUUACAAGCAGACUUUGUUUCCUACACAGCCACCCACAGGCAUCCUCCUAGCUCCUCAGAAGAUUGUGAAGACAUCAAAAAGAUCCUGAACCACCUGCAGGAGCAGAAAGACAGCCAGUGCCUGCACGUGGAGGAGUACCAGAACCUGCUGAAGGACUUGCGCAUGGAGCUAGAAGCCGUGUCGGAACAGAAGAAACACAUCUUGAAGGACAUGAUGAAGCUGGAGCUGGACCUGCACGGGCUGCGGGAGGAGACAUCUGCCCACAUGGAGAUGAAGGACAAGGAGGUCACCAUCCUGCAAGGGCGGCUGCAGGAGCUACAGAUACAGUUCACUGAGACCCAAAAGCUCAGUUUGCACAAAGACAAGCUCCUCCAAGAGAAAGAUGAAAUGGUGCAUGAGCUAGAGAAGGAACUGGCACAGGUUCAGAGCACCCUCAUAAAAAAGGAGAAGGAGUUGGAGAAGCAGCAACGAAUGACAACAGAACUCGAAAUGGCCAUCCAGGAGGCGAAGCAGAAUAAGAGCAAAGUGGAUUCUGGGGCCCUGCGAGCUGAGAUCCAGAAGCUGAGGGAUUGUCUCGAAGACGACAAACAGCAGCAGAAGCUGGCUGCUCAGCAAGCAGCUCAAUACAAGGAAGAGGCCAUUCUGGCAAAGGAUAACCUGGAGGAUGCCCAGAGGAAACUGGAGAGCUCCCUUUUGCUGGAUAAACAGAAGUCAGAGACUAUACAGGAGCUACAGAGAGAACUUCAGAAGCUGCAGAAAGAUUCCUCGGUGGCUAAAGAGGAACUCAGGUGCAGCAGGAAACGGAUAGAGCAGCUGACAUCAGAACUCUCAGAGGCCGUGAGGAAUCUUGAAAAUUCAGACAAGGAAAAGAGGCAGCUUCAGAAGACAGUGGCUGAGCAGGAUACGAAACUGAAUGACAUGCUAGAUCAUAUAAAAGUCCUUCAACACCAGCUCAGGGAGCAAACCUCUACCAAAGACAAUCUAGAAGAGGAGCUUAAGGAGGUGAGAAAGUUACUGGAGGAGAAACGGGAGCAGUUGAAAAAGAGCAAAGAACAGGCGAAGCAGCUGGAGGAAGAGUUUGAGGCAUUCCGACAGGAAGCAAAAAGGACAGAAAAGAUGUCAAAGGAGAAAAUGAGGAAUUUGGAGGAGGACAAUGAGAAUCUCAAGGCACAGUUAAUGCAGUGUUCUACCCAACUGGAUUCCUGUCUCAGCAAAUACAACACCUCCCAGCAAGUCAUCCAAGAGCUGAAUAAUGAGGUAGCCCAGCAGAAAGAGGCCUUAGCGAGUCUGCAGGCCCAGCUGGACAAGGCUCUGCAGAGAGAGAAGCAGUGUCUCCAGACCAUGGUCAGUAAAGAAGUCUACGAGGAAUUAUCUCGGAAGUCAGCCACCUGCCAAGAUGACCUGACACAAGCCCUCGAGAAGCUCAAUCGUGCCACCUCAGAGACAAAGAGCCUGCAGCGAAGCUUGACACAAGCCCAAGAUAGGAAAGUUCAGCUGGAAGAUGAAAUCAUUGCUUAUGAGGAGAGGAUGAAAAAGCUCAACGUGGAAUUAAAAAAACUGCAGGGCUUCCACCAGGAGAGUGAGCUAGAGGUGCACGCCUUUGACAAGAGGCUGGAGGAGAUGAGCUGCCAAGUGCUGCAGUGGCAGAAGCAGCACCAGAGUGACCUCAAGAUGCUGGCCGCUAAAGAGGAGCAGCUCAGGGCCUUCCAGGAGGAAAUGGCUGCCCUGAAAGAGAGCCUCCUUGCAGACGAGAAGGAGCCCUGUUGCCUGCCCCAGCGGUCUGUGCCCAAAGACACCUGUAGGCUACGCCGAGAGAAUGAUCAGAUUAUGUGCAACAUGGAGCAAUGGGCAAAAGAGCAGAAGAUCGCCAAUGAGAAACUAGGAAACAAGCUCCGUGAACAGGUCAAAUACAUCACCAAGCUGACUGGUGAAAAGGACCACCUCCACAAUGUAAUGGUUCAUCUGCAGCAGGAAAACAAGAAGCUGAAGAAUGAAAUAGAGGAGAAGAAGCUGAAAGCCAGGCACCCAGGGGUGUAUACUAAAGCCCUGGGCCCAAGCAAAACAGAGCCCGUACCAAGGGGGAAAGUGUGUGGCACCUUGGGCUGGAAGGGAAUGACCCAGGACGGGAGCCAAAGAACGGACAUCACCAAGUAUAUGGGGAUACCCCAUUGCUCAGCCCAGCUGAAGAGGAAGCUGACAGAGCCUGGCAAGCAAGCUCUGGGGCCCCCAGAAUGA